UGUAAAAAAUGACCAGCCUCCUCUGACAUACAUUUAAGAGCCCUGCUGGUGGUGCACUUCAGUGUUUCUCCAGUGUUUGUUGUCCGGCUCUGUCGCAGCAAAGCCAAGAUGUUUUUCGACUUGUUUUCAGCAACAACAUGGACUUUACUGGCUCUCUUUUUCGCCCUGUUUUUCCUGUAUGGAAUUUGGCCAUACAGGUUUUUCUCAAAGCUGGGGAUUGAAGGACCAAGACCUCUGCCAUUUAUUGGAACAAUGCACCACGUUGCAAAGGGAUUUCUUGGAUUUGACCGCGACUGCCAGGCCAAGUAUGGAGACGUCUGGGGGUUGUAUGAAGGACGGACGCCGUUGUUAAUGGUGGCAGACCUUGAGAUUAUUAAAAGUGUGAUGGUGAAGGAAUGCUACACCGCCUUCACCAACCGCAGGGACAGUCCUUUAAUGAACGGGCCGAUGGAUGACGCAGUUACAGUAGUGAAAGACGAAAGGUGGAAACGACUUCGGAGCACAAUAUCUCCAUGCUUCACCAGUGGGAGACUCAAACAGGCUUAUCCUCUUGUAGCUCGCUAUGCAGACCGACUUGUUGAAAAACUUGGACGCACAAAUUUGGAUGAGGCCGUCGAUGUCAAAAAACUUAUGGCUCCUUACAGCUUAGACGUGGUGACCAGUGCAUCUUUCAGUGUGGAGACAGACUCCAUCAACAACCCAGACGACCCCGUCAAUGUUCAUAUGCAGAAGAAUCUAAACUUCAAAUUAUGGCCCUUUUUUUUUCUAAUGGUGUUUCCGUUUGCUGCUCGUCUGCUGGAUCUUCUAAAGGUUGAGAUAAUGCCCAAAGCCAGUGUAGAUUUUUUCUACAACCUCAUCAAGAAGUUCAAAGAUGAGCAUAAGACAGAUGAAUCUACUCGAGGAGACUUUCUGCAGGUGAUGAUUCAGAACGAGAUACCAGAGUCGGACGUAAAGAACGAACACGAACAGCCCAGUAAAGGUUUGACCGAACGCGAGAUCCACUCCCAGGCCUUCAUCUUCAUCUUCGGUGGCUAUGAUACCACCAGUACCACUCUCUCUUACAUCUUCUACAAUCUGGCCACGAACCCUGAUGCGAUGCAGAAGCUGCAUGAAGAAAUCGAUGCCAGCCUGCAGAAAGAUGCUUCCAUUUCCUACGAGGAGCUGAACGGUCUUCAGUACCUGGACCAGGUUAUUAUUGAGUCAAUGCGUUUGCUUCCCACUGCGCCUCGGCUUGAGAGGAAAUGCAAAAAAACUGUGGAGAUCAACGGCAUCACCAUCCCUGAAGGAGCUAUGGUUGCGAUUCCUGUGCACCUGCUGCAAAAGGACCCACGCUAUUGGAGGUCACCUGAGCUUUUCAGGCCAGAGAGGUUUGACAAAGACAGCGGGGAGGAGGUGAACCAAUACGCAUACAUGCCGUUUGGUCUGGGCCCUCGUAACUGUGUUGGGAUGCGCUACGCUAUCCUCGUCAUGAAGAUGGUUAUUGUCCGUGUCCUUCAGAAUUACACUUUGGAAACCUGCAAGGAAACCAUAAUUCCGCUGCAGUUUAACUGGGCGUUUCGGCCGCUGAAGCCAAUACAGCUCAAGAUUGUUCCCAGAAAACAAUAAUCCAAGAGGGAAGAUCUCCACAGAUAU